CGACGCUACGUGGCUCCAGUUGCUCGCGAGCAUCCGUAAGCGUCGAACAUGGCCUUCCGUUUGUCGAAAAGCGCAAGCGCCGUCCUUUCCUCGCGUUUCGCGCUUCUUGCGCUCGCGAUUUUUAUUUUUUCCAAGUCUCCCGUCAAAGCUGACAAUGGUCUCAAGGUCGAAACCAUUUAUUUACCAGAAGUCUGCGAGGUCCAUUCGAAAAAAGGCGACCAGCUGACCAUGCAUUAUACCGGCACGCUUCAAGAUGGUACCAAAUUCGACUCAAGUUUGGACAGACAACAACCAUUCACCUUUCAAUUGGGUGUUGGCCAAGUGAUUAAAGGAUGGGACCAAGGUUUGUUGGAUAUGUGUGUAGGUGAAAAAAGGAAGUUGGUCAUUCCACCGGAGCUUGGUUAUGGUGAUACUGGAGCCGGAAAUGUUAUACCUGGAGGUGCCACCUUGACGUUCGAUGUUGAACUGAUCAACAUCAGCGAUUCGCCACCAACCGCAAACGUCUUCAAAGAGAUCGACACUAACGACGAUAAGCAACUCUCCCGCGAGGAGGUGAGAGCAAUGGUCAGCGAAUAUCUAAAGAAACAAAUGAUCGAAGCGGAACAAGGUAGUCCUGAUGACGAGGAAGUGAAAAAGAUGCUGGCCGAUCACGACAAACUUGUCGAAGAGAUUUUCCAGCACGAGGACAAAGAUAGAAACGGUUUCAUUUCUCACGAGGAAUUUAGUGGGCCGAAACACGACGAACUUUGAAGACUCUUCGCAUUGAUCUACUUUCUCGAGCAACACGUUUCUUGGUCGAUCGUGGCAAAUUUUAAAGUUUCCAACGACUCCUUUCGUACGUCAUUCUGUCUUCCUGGAAUUUCGUCAACGACGACGACGUUUUCGCGUCUAAAAGAAUUUUAAAGAACACAUCGACAAAAAAACAAACAAAAAGAAAGAAACAAACAAAAUUUACGAUCGGAACUAAAGGAGCCAACAAUUUUGUUCAAGUCCCUAAAUAUUUUUCGAUUGGACGUAAAGUCGCGACGACUGAGACGAAUUUUAACAGCUAAUCAUCUUAGAUACAUUUUUGCUCGAGCGAUCGCACUACGAUAUACAUAUGCAUAUAUUUACGAAUAAAUAUAUAAAUAAAUAAAUAAAUAAUUGCGUGUACGCGUGCGUGUGCGUGUGGGUGAGUGUACGCGCCUGUGAGUGAUCAAAAGAAAGUGUCUUUUUUCUAUACGAUCGUAAAUGUUAGCGUUAAUUAAUCGCAACAGUAUACGGUAUAUCGAAUCACGAACAACCGUAACUCUAUCAUCGAAAGAUGUCCGCAAACUGUCCACGUUCUUCUUCUCUUCUUUCCUUUACAAUCAACAUCAUUUUAUUUAUUUAAUAUCAAGAAUUUUAACGCACACUACAAAUUGUUCUAUUUCUUUUUAUCACGUUUAUUUGAUUCUAUUAGACCGAUAAUGAUAAUGAUCUUCUCUAACUACUUGAAAUUGACGAUUAAUUAAUUAAUUAGUACGAAAGAUAUAGAAUGUCAAAUAUGUAAGCGUACAAGUGGAAAAAAAAAUACUGCACCGACUCGUCAAUUAUUACACGUCAUAUCUCUAUAUUACACGAUGUACUUACAAAUAAAUUUCUAGCAAUCAAUUUCAAGUAGAUAGAAAAGAUUUCGAGAUAGGACGAUUUAUAUCAUAAAAGGAGCUUCCAUCGUUUCUUACCGUGAAAGUUUUCAAAGAUCGAAAGUGGAUAGUUCGUGGAAUAUCGUUCCUUCUCCCUCCAAGUCUUCUUCGAUCCAUUUUCAACGUUGCACACUAUUCAAUUCUUAUUACACUUAUCACAGAAAAGGAUAGAAAAUAUCUCGAGAAUGUGAAAUAUAAUCGAACCUGACCAUCAGGUUGCAAAGCCAAUUCCCGUCAUCGCUAUUAUUAAUGUAUUUUAACGAAUAUGUUUUUAUUAUUACAUUAUAUUGUAUGUUGUUAAAGCUGGACGAAGGUUAAUAAUAAAUCGUGUGUUUUAAGCACAAUUUGUUAUA